CGUAGCCCCUUUCCCCUCCCCCGCCCCGGUCCCUUGCUCCCCCACCCUCCGCCCCUGGGCAACCCCAGCCGAGAAGAGCCCGCCCCCAGAAGCGCGCCGCCGCGGGCCGUCGGGGCCGAGCCGCAGCCAAGCGGCCGAGGGCCCGGGCGGCGGGCGGAGACGUGGGCGCCCUCCCCGCUCCGGCCCGCGCGAGCAUCAUUUUUUGCAGAUCUAGAAAAAAUAGUUCUACGUUUCCUAUGGAAUCAGAAAGAUCCUGAAUAAUGAGUGCAACCUUAUGUAAUAAGAACAAAUCUGGAAGCAUCACUGUACCAGGCUAUACUACAUGGCUCUCAUAAUUAAAGCAGCAUGGUACUGGCAUGCAAAUAGAGACACAGACCUGUGGAUCACAGGAGAGAACCUGCGUAUGAAACCAUCCUCAUAGUCCCCUCUGAUCUUUGACAAACCAGACAAAAACAUACACUGGGACAAAGAAUCUCUAUUCAAUAAGUGGUGCUGGGAAAACUGGAUAGCCACAUGUAAAAGACUGAAUCAGGACCCACAUCUCUUGUCACUCACAGAAAUUAAUCACAGUGGACAAUAGACUUAAACUUAUAAGAAUUCUAGAAGAAAAUGUUGGAAAAUCUUAUAGAUAGUGGCCUUGGUAAAGAAUUUUUGAAGAAGACCACAAAGUAGUCACAGCAACAACAGAAAUAAACAAAUGUGACGUGAUCAAAUUAAAAAGUAUAUGCUCAGCCAAAAACUCAAUCAGUAGAGCAAAUAGACAACCUACAGAAUGGGAGAAAAUAUUUGCAUGCUGUUCAUCCGAUAAAGGGCUGAUAACCUGAAUCUAUAAAGAACUCAAGCAAAUCAGCAAGAAAAGAUAAACAUUUAAAAAAUGGGCAGAAGACAUGAACAGAAACUUUUCAAAUAAACAUAGACUAAUGGGCAAAAACACAUGAAAAAAUGCUCCAUGCUCUAAUCAUCAGGGAAAUGCAAAUUAAUACCACAUUAAGAUAUCAGACUUAACUCCAGUGAGACUGGCUUAUAUCAAAAAGUCCCCAAGCAACAGAAGCUGGUGUGGAUGUGGAAAGGAACACUCAGACACUGUUGGUGGGACUGCAAACUAGUACAACCCCUAUUGGAAAUUCUAUGGAGAUACCUCAGAGCUAAAAGUAGACCUCCAUUGAUCUAGCAAUCCCACUACUAGACUUGUUUCUUAUUAUAUGUGAUGCUGUUCCGGUUCUGGACUCAUGGAGGCUGAGCAUUUAUUCAGGAGUCCAUAGAGGCUGCUGUAUAGUAUUGAAGAACAUGUCUAACAGUAACACUACUCAAGAGACCCUGGAAAUAAUGAAAGAAUCAGAAAAAAAACUGGUGGAAGAAUCUGUAAACAAAAACAAAUUUAUAUCUAAGACUCCAAGUAAGGAAGAAAUUGAGAAAGAAAGUGAAGAUACCAGUUUGCGUCAGGAGACACAGGAUUAUGAAUUCCUUUUUGACAAGAGGCGGACAUCUAACCAUGGUCAUGCCAGGAAAAGAGCCAAGUCUAAUUCCAAGCUGAAGUUGGUGCGCAGCCUGGCAGUAUGUGAAGAGUCCUCCACCCCAUUUGCUGAUGGGCCACUAGAAAACCAGGAUAUAAUUCAAUUGCACAUCAGUUGCCCCUCUGACAAGGAGGAAGAAAAGUCUACAAAAGAUGUCUCUGAAAAGGAAGAUAAGGACAAAAACAAAGAAAAAGUCCCACGAAAGAUGCUUUCCAGAGACUCCAGCCAAGAAUAUACAGACUCCACUGGAAUAGACCUACAUGAAUUUCUUGUAAAUACACUGAAAAAAAACCCAAGGGACAGAAUGAUGCUGCUAAAAUUAGAACAGGAGAUUCUGGAAUUUAUUAAUGACAACAAUAACCAGUUCAAGAAGUUUCCUCAGAUGACCUCGUAUCAUCGGAUGCUAUUACACCGGGUAGCUGCCUAUUUUGGGAUGGACCACAAUGUUGAUCAAACUGGGAAAGCUGUCAUCAUCAACAAAACCAGUAACACAAGAAUCCCUGAGCAGAGGUUCUCAGAACAUAUAAAGGAUGAGAAGAAUACAGAAUUUCAACAGAGAUUCAUUCUCAAAAGAGACGAUGCCAGUAUGGACCGAGAUGAUAACCAGAUCAGAGUUCCAUUGCAGGAUGGAAGGAGGAGCAAGUCAAUAGAAGAGAGAGAGGAGGAAUAUCAAAGGGUCCGAGAGAGAAUAUUUGCCCGAGAGACUGGCCAGAACGGAUAUCUAAGUGACAUCAGACUCUCCAAAGAAGCCUUUUCUUCUAGCUCUCACAAGAGAAGGCAGAUUUUUAGGGGGAACCGUGAAGGGCUGAGCCGCACCUCAAGCAGCCGCCAGAGCAGCACAGACAGUGAACUCAAGUCCCUGGAGCCCCGGCCUUGGAGCAGCACAGACUCUGAUGGCUCUGUUCGGAGCAUGCGACCCCCUGUCACCAAAGCCAGCAGCUUCAGUGGAAUCUCUAUCCUUACCCGAGGUGACAGCAUUGGCAGCAGCAAAGGUGGCAGUGCAGGAAGGAUCUCCAGGCCAGGUAUGGCACUAGGUGCCCCAGAAGUGUGCAACCAGGUCACCUCAUCCCAGUCUGUCCGGGGCCUUCUCCCUUGCACUGCCCAGCAGCAGCAGCAGCAGCAACAACAACUUCCUGCUCUCCCACCCACACCUCAGCAACAGCCACCCUUGAAUAAUCACAUGGUCUCACAGCCAGUCCCGUCUCUGCAGUCCUCUUCGCAGCCUGUUCAGUUCUCUCCAAGCUCCUGUCCCCAAGUCCUUCUGCCAGUCUCUCCGCCCCAGCAGUACAACAUGGCAGAUGACCUCAGCAAUCCCUUUGGACAAAUGAGUCUUAGCCGCCAAGGCUCUACUGAAGCAGCUGACCCAUCCUCAGCUCUGUUCCAGCCCCCACUUAUCUCCCAGCACCCUCAGCAGACCAGCUUCCUCAUGGCUUCUGCCGGACAGCCCCUCCCCACUUCCAGCUAUUCCACUUCUAGCCAUGCACCACCUACUCAGCAAGUCCUGCCACCCCAGGGCUACAUGCAGCCCCCUCAACAGAUCCAGGUUUCCUUUUACCCUCCUGGACAGUAUCCUAACUCCAACCAGCAAUAUCGACCUCUUUCUCACCCGGUGGCCUACAGCCCCCAACGUGGUCAACAGCUGCCUCAGCCAUCCCAGCAGCCUGGUUUACAGCCCAUGAUGCCUAACCAGCAGCAGGCGGCUUACCAAGGCAUGAUUGGGGUCCAGCAGCCUCAGAACCAGGGCCUGCUCAGCAACCAGAGGAGCAGCAUGGGGGGCCAGAUGCAAGGCCUGGUGGUUCAGUACACUCCACUGCCUUCUUACCAAGUUCCAGUGGGUAAUGACUCACAAAAUGUGGUUCAGCCACCUUUCCAGCAACCUAUGUUGGUCCCUGCAAGCCAGUCUGUGCAAGGAGGCCUCCCUGCAGGGGGUGUACCAGUAUACUACAGCGUGAUCUCCCCGGCUCAGCAGAAUGGUACAAGCCCUUCUGUGGGGUUUCUGCAACCUCCUGGCUCUGAGCAGUACCAGAUGCCUCAGUCUCCCUCUCCCUGCAGUCCACCACAGAUGCCACAGCAGUACUCAGGAGUGUCGCCAUCUGGACCAGGUGUGGUGGUCAUGCAACUAAAUGUUCCUAAUGGACCCCAGCCCCCUCCCAACCCAUCCAUGGUCCAGUGGAGUCACUGUAAAUAUUACAGCAUGGACCAACGAGGUCAGAAGCCUGGAGACCUAUACAAUCCUGACAGUAGUCCCCAGGCCAGCACACAGAUGAGCAGCAGUCCUGUCUCGUCUCCUACCCAGUCUCCAGCACCUUCUCCUGUCACCAACCUCAGCAGCGUCUGCACAGGACUCAGUCCCCUGCCUGUCCUCACACAGUUCCCACGGCCUGGGGGCCCAGCACAGGGUGAUGGACGCUACUCCCUCUUGGGCCAGCCAUUACAAUACAAUCUGUCCAUCUGCCCUCCCUUGCUCCACAGCCAGUCGACUUACACAGUACACCAGGGACAGAGUGGACUGAAGCAUGGAAACCGAGGCAAGAGACAAGCACUCAAAUCUGCCUCCACUGACCUGGGGACGGCAGAUGUUGUCCUGGGGCGGGUGCUGGAGGUGACAGAUCUCCCUGAGGGCAUCACCCGUACUGAGGCGGACAAACUCUUCACUCAGCUUGCCAUGUCUGGCGCCAAGAUCCAGUGGCUCAAGGAUGCUCAGGGGCUGCCUGGUGGGGGUGGGGGUGACAACAGUGGGACUGCCGAGAACGGCCGCCACUCGGACCUCGCUGCCUUGUACACCAUCGUGGCUGUGUUCCCCAGCCCUCUGGCUGCCCAAAAUGCCUCUCUUCGUCUCAACAACUCUGUGAGUCGCUUCAAACUUCGAAUGGCCAAAAAGAACUAUGACCUGAGGAUCCUGGAGCGAGCCAGCUCCCAAUAAAUGGAGGAGGGGAAGGACCGGCACAGUAGGGGUGGAGGGGGUUGAGGGAUCCUGACAGACCAUGGACAGAGGCAGGAAGUAAGGAGAGUGACACCCAACUGGAGCCUGAGCAUUAGGGAUGGAAACAGAUCAAGAUGGAAAUACUCAACACUGGCACUGGACUCCUUGCUCCCCCCGGGCCCCUCGUUUUCCCUGAUUGUGCCCCCUCUACUUCCCUCUCCUUCCCAUCCUCUUCUAUCAUUUUUGAUCUCUUCUCCCAUCAUAAAAUUAAUUUCUUUCCUAUUUUUUUGUCAGGUAGAAUUGGGAUGGCCCUACAUUUCCCUAUUCUCCUGUUUCCUUAAUAUCCCAAGCCUCUUUCCCUUUUUGGUCUUUAUGAAUAUAUUUAUAUGGACAGAAUUAAGAAAAAAUUGAUUUCCCCAUUCUCUCGCUUCCCCUAUGUUGUCUUCCCAAACCCCACAGAGUUAAAACUUGGGACUCCCCACCCCCAGAACACUUGUAUAUUGUUUGUCUGAGAUUUGUGCCGCAGUAACAGACACAAUAUUUAAUUGCACAUAAAGACGUUUGCUGGGUAUAUUCACUGUAAAUUUUAUUUAAUCUUGUUUUUUGUUUGUUUGGAGGGAUAAUUGGGGGGAGGCUUGUUUUGUUUUUAAAUAUAAAAAAGAAUCAGUCUCUGGACAUCAGUCACUGUUUCUCUGUUGCUGCCCUAAUGUGCAUGGGGAUUUGGAGGCCCUGGGUAGGUUUAGCCCCACGGCCGGUGGAAGGUUCGUUGUGUGCUAGGAUGGCUUUCCCUAGCAUAUGCAUGUUACUCUUCACAGCGUUCCCUCCAUCUCAUCUUCCUCCCUACCUAUGAUUCUGACAGAUGACUGAGUCUCUAAGGGGACCUUGGUUUGGGCUCGCCCAGCUCCGCCACUAUGGUUCAUUGAGCACAUCACUACUUUGAACCUCUGUGUCUGUAAAAUAAGAGACUUCCAGCCUGUUCAUUCCAUGAUACUCAUUUAGAGCCCUUGUGGAUGAGCUGGGGAGGGAGGGAUGAAUGAGGUCCAGAACUGGAUUGAGAUGCUGGCCUUAUACAUAUCCAUCUAAUCUGAAAAUCCUUUAGGGACAGGAGACUUGGGCCUUUCUUUAAUCCUAAAGUCAGAUGAUUGGGUUCUACCAGGCAGGAACAAAAGUGGAUGUUUCUUACAUUAAAAACUACAUCAAUUAGGGUGGUGCCUGUGGCUCAAAGGAAUAGGGUGCCAGUCCCAUAUGCCGGAGGUGGUGGGUUCAAACCCAGCCCUGACCAAAAACUGCAAAAAAUAAAUAAAUAAAUAAAACAAU